AUGACCUCAAAGCUACUCACUUCCAUCCUCCGUCACCAUCUCACCAAAAAAACCAAUCUCCUCCGCCGCCAACCACUUUCCACCGCUACUGCCACAGCGUUAGCCGAGCCUCAAAUCCAUGAAGAAACCUCCGGAAUCACGAUGAAGGGCGUGAAAAUCUCCGGCAGACCCCUUUACCUAGAUGUUCAAGCAACGUCACCGGUGGAUCCUCGUGUUCUCGACGCUAUGCUCCCUUUCAAUAUCUCUCGUUACGGAAACCCUCACUCUCGCACCCAUUUCUACGGUUGGGAAUCUGAUAACGCCGUUGAACACGCUCGCUCCCAGGUCGCGGCCCUGAUAAGCGCUUCUCCUAAAGAAAUUGUCUUUACCUCGGGUGCUACUGAAUCGAAUAAUAUUUCUAUUAAGGGUGUUAUGCAUUUUUACAAGGAGAAGAAACGGCAUGUGAUAACGACGCAGACGGAGCAUAAGUGUGUGCUUGAUUCGUGUCGGCAUCUUCAGCAGGAGGGUUUUGAAGUUACUUAUCUUCCGGUCGAGUCGGACGGGUUGGUUGAUUUGGAGAAACUUAAGGCGGCAAUUAGGCCGGAUACUGGACUUGUUUCUGUUAUGGCGGUGAAUAAUGAGAUUGGGGUUGUUCAACCUAUGGAGGAAAUUGGAAAGAUUUGUAAGGAGUUUAAUGUUCCGUUUCAUACCGAUGCAGCUCAGGCUUUAGGGAAGAUUCCUGUGGAUGUUGAUAAGUGGAAUGUGAGUUUGAUGUCGUUGAGUGGGCAUAAGGUUUAUGGACCGAAAGGGGUUGGAGCGUUGUAUCUUAGGAGGAGACCUAGGAUUCGCGUUGAGCCUCAGAUGAAUGGUGGUGGACAAGAGAGAGGGAUUCGAAGUGGGACUUUGCCUACACCUUUGGUUGUUGGGAUGGGUGCUGCUUGUGAGGUGGCUAUGAAGGAGAUGGAAUAUGAUGAGAAGAGGAUUUCUGCAUUGCAGCAGAGGUUGCUUAAUGGGAUUAGAGAUAAACUUGAUGGGGUGGUGGUGAAUGGGAGCAUGGAAAGCCGAUAUGUUGGGAAUCUUAAUUUGUCAUUUGCUUAUGUUGAAGGGGAGAGUUUGCUUAUGGGGUUGAAGGAGGUUGCUGUUUCAAGUGGUAGUGCUUGCACUAGUGCUAGUUUAGAGCCUUCUUAUGUUUUGAGGGCAUUGGGAGUUGAAGAAGAUAUGGCUCAUACUUCUAUUAGAUUUGGAAUCGGGAGGUUCACUACUGAGGAUGAAAUUGACAGGGCAGUUCAGCUCACAGUUACACAAGUCGAGAAGUUGAGGGAAAUGAGUCCGCUUUAUGAAAUGGUGAAGGAAGGAAUCAAUAUCAAGGAUAUUCAAUGGUCGCAGCACUGA